CGCUGGUUCUGUGAUGCUGGCGCUGGGGCACAGCAGCGGGUGCCUGCUGCUGGCGCUGGGGGCAGGGGCCGCGGGCGGCGUGGGUGUGUGCCUGUGCGCGAGUGUGCGAGCCGUGAGGAAGUGCCAGGGCUGCAAUCGCUUUCGGAAGUGGCCGGCGGGGCCGGGCCGGAGCCUGCGCAGUGCCGCCGCCGCCGCUCGGCUCCCGCUGCCGCUCCCUCUCCCUCCGGUGCCCAGCCCGGCGGCAGCGCAGCGGCGGCGGCCGGGGGCGGCGGCGGCGGCGCGGAUGCCCGGCCCUAACGUGGUGCCACUCCUCUCCCUCCCCACAGGCUCCAUCCAGGAGGCGGCAGGGACAUUAGCCAGGGGGUCUCGCAGCUCACCCGCGGGCUGGGAGGAGCUGGGAGCGGCAGAACAGCCCCUGAAACACGACCCAACGCCGUGCACCGUGUAUGAGGCUGGGACACAGUACGCAGGACCCGCGUCCGCAGAGUCACUCCUUCCGAUGUCCCGGCAUGAGACUUCUCCGACAACGGUGCAACCCGCCAGCAACCACCGCCCCAACGCCUGCUGCUUCUGCUGGUGCUGCUGCUGCAGCUGCUCGUGGAACGAGGACCGAGAGCGAGCAUGGAGGGCAUCCCGGGAGACCAAACUGGAGAGCAUCCCAAACUGUGAAGCGUGUGCCAAACCCACGCCAGAGGAGGUGCAGGGCUGGGCACAGUCCUUCGACAAGCUGAUGAAGAGCCCGGCGGGGCGCAACGUCUUCCGGGAGUUUUUGCGGACUGAGUACAGCGAGGAGAACAUGCUCUUCUGGCUGGCGUGUGAGGAGCUCAAAACCGAGUGCAACAAGCACACCAUCGACGAGAAGGCCAGGAUGAUCUACGAGGAUUACAUCUCCAUCCUCUCUCCCAAGGAGGUGAGCCUGGACUCGCGGGUGCGGGAGGUCAUCAACCGGAAGAUGCAGGAGCCGUCCUCGCACACCUUUGACGACGCACAGCUCCAGAUCUACACGCUGAUGCACAGAGACUCCUAUCCCCGCUUCCUGAACUCUGCCAUUUACAAAUCGCUGCUCCAGACCGUCUCCCACUCCUCCUCGGAGUCCUAAGGGCACCCACUAGCCGUGGGGACACCAGUGGGGACACGGUGGCCAGGGGCGGGCGGUGCCUCCUCCCCUCUGCCGCCCACCUUGCCAGACCUCACCGAGUUUUUAGCUUUUUACCUAUGAACUGUCACCCCGGUGUCUGGGCCACACUCCAGGACUGUCCCCAGCACACAGCCUGGGCCAGUUCAUACUACUGAUUCUCUGCCCCGUCCCCAGAGCCAGAGCGAGCUGGGGGAGCACAGGACAGCGCCCAGGGCCUGGCUCCCCCCACACCCCGUUUGGAAGAGGUCACUUUAUCCCAUCUCCACCACACCUGGGGACACAGCACGUCCCCAUUUGCCACCUGAGACCCAGUUGGGGACUGGGUUGGGGUUUUUUUGAGGUGGGGGGAGGUUGGCUGUUGUUGGUUUGGGUUUGUUUUUUUAAUCUUAAAAUGCUCUUUUGGUUGGCUUUUA